AUGUUUGUAUCAAAACAUUUUAAAACCAUGGCUAAACGUUAUUUUAAUUUAUGUUUAACAAAUAACCUGAUAUUAAACCGGUCAUUCUAUUCAACACCACGUUAUAAUUAUAGUUUCAUCGAUUAUCUUCGUCAGAAUGGUGGUAAUAAUGCGAACGUUGGCAAUGACCAUAAUCCUGAUGAAAAUGGUGAUGACCUCAGUUUAGAUGAUUUUGAACAGUUAAGAGAGCAUGCAUUAGAAAUGCAGGAACCCAUAAAUGAAUAUAUAUUAACAAAAGUCAAUGAAUUUCAAAAAGAAUCAGCGUAUCAGAGAAAAACAAAACCAAAAUUACUUAAUAGACGUUCAUUGGUUGUGGAUAAAGAUAAAAUAUUGAAGAGUGAUUUAUCAUUUCUUUAUACAGAUCCUCAAGAUUCAAAUGAUAAUAGUUGCCACCCAUUGCCAGUAUUAAUAAGGAUGGUUGAAGUAGCUGUUAAAUGCGUGGAUUUAGCAUUUUUCAUAUUCAAUGAUGAAUUAUUUCUUAAUUAUCUAUAUGAAUUUGCAAAAAAUAAUCAAAAUGUUAAAAUACGUAUACUGACAACACACGAUGGAACAAAAAAUGUUUACAAACAAUUUUUCGAAUUAACAUCAUUAUCAAACAUUAAACAUCGUUUUGUUAACGGUGCUGGACGUUAUGGAUGUGUUCAUGAGAAAAUGCUAAUUAUGAUUGAUAUUUUCAAUAAUGUAACAGCUGGAAAACAAGUAACAUACUCAUCGAACGUUUCUGAACAAGUUCAAACUAAAACAUUUCUCAAUUAUUCAUUUGAAUAUUUGAAUAAGAUAUUAUCUCAGAUUGCAUCACAGUUAUCCUAUACAACGAGAACAAACGUUGGCAUCUUCAUAAAGUCUAUUAUGCAAUAUAUUGAUUUAACAUGA